CACGUGACGUCACCACGCUUCGUUUCCAAACAAUGCUGCAGGAAAAAGCCACGUUGACGAUCCAGACCCGAGUGUAGUCCCACGUUUUGCGGGCAAACUAAAGCGCGAUUCGGUUUGUUCUUGUGCGCGCUGUUUCUCUGUGGGCCCCUCGCGUCGGACCGAGCACCGCCGCCGACAUGUCGUCGCCGCCGAAGGACAAAGUGGAAACCAAAGGAGGACAUGCCCCUGCAGUGAAGGCAGGAGGUAUGAGGAUAGUGCAGAAGUAUCAGCCAGCUGCUGCUGCCGCCGCCGCGCCAGAGCCCGUGCAGAAAGACGAGGACGACGAGGAGUACGUCAGCAGCAGUCCACCAAAGGCUCCUGUGAUUGUGUCUGGAGUGGUUACAAAGGGUGACAAGGACUUCACCCCAGCUGCUGCCCAGGUGGCCCACCAGAAGCCCCAGCCUGGUGUCCCCAAGCUGCCCCAAGCCCAGCACUUCAACCAGCACAUCAAUCAGCCUCGCAAGUGAGCCAGGCGGCACGCUACAAUGGCUGCGCUAACUCCACCAGCAGGCCUUCCCAAUGGAACACACAUGAUGAAGAUGUUUCCCCACUUGGCACCGAUCUCCCCUUAAAUAAUCAGAGUAAUUUUUUUGUCCGCCUGUUGCGUUACACAUGCAAGGAAUUUGUCAGCAACAGGCACCUAAUGCUUACAUGGCUAUUGAAGUCCCGCUCGUUUACACCCUUGCUGUAGUGGUGCUGAACUGUGAGGUCUGCAGUUUUGGUUCCACUCCUUAAGAGAGAUUGCUUUGCAGGUUGUACAGUCUUAAUAUGGCAUAAACGGGCGAAGGGUCUUCUUAAAUGGCUGUCUUACUUGGAUUAAAUAGCUGAGAAAUUGAUCUAAGAUCUGAGUCUCUUGGGAGGGGGAGGGCUCUCUCCCCACAUGUGCUGAGCAAUACUGCGUCACAUUAACCAGCCAAUCACAAAUUCUGUCAAUCAGGCCAACUAACCAACCGAUCACCUCGCGGUGAUGAACCCAGGCUCCGGCUUUCUACCUACAGUAUGAUCUUCACAGACCAAAAGAACCAGAAUCAGCAAAUCAAGAGGUGGAGAAACACGUUUUUCAUCAUCACCACAAGCCAAAAACACAGUGAGCCUCUUCUGAGUUGCAAAGAAUGGGUUCGAUGCGAGUGCAUCACUGAUGCUGUUGCCAAAGUGCACGUUUACAGCACAGACCAGAGGAAGUCAAACUAGACACUUACACGACAGCAUUAGCUCGUUAUUUGCCCAAACGCUGAGAUUCUAGCAACUUUGACCAACAUUCCAUUUGACCCCUUUCUCUCAUACCCUCCAUCAGAUAUGACUCUCAGACUUAGAGAUGCUUUAUUGGACUACAAUCAAAGUGUGUUAGUGUAUUCACGCGAGAGAAGAAACUCAAUAUCUUCAAUUUGAUAGAUGCACUAUAAGAGAUGCAAAACAUGACCCAUCUGUAAUCACGGCUGUCAUUACCUUAGUAGCUACUGGAUGCCUGUCCCUAAUGUCUCGGCUAAAGAUGGCUACCUACAAGUAUAGGGGAGCAAAUAUUGCUACUUAAAUUUUGCUCCAGUUUCCCCCCUGCUCUUACCUUUAUUUAACCAAAAAGAGCCAAAUCUCCUCUGAUCUACUCUCCUAGUAAUGCUAACUAAUUUUAAUGCAAACGUGCUUCAUUGUUAAAAAAAAUUACCAGCAGUGCAUCGCACGCAUUCAAGCAGCACACACACACACAAACACACACCACCCUUUUCCUUAAUCACCUGUCCCCUUACACUCAAGUGUCAUUUGUUGCAACGAUAAUGUUCAGGUUUCCAGGAAGGAAAGAAAGAAAGAAAGAAAUUUACCUUGCCAAGAAUAAAUGAUCACAUAUGUUAAUUUAAUCAAGUUCAGAAGAGUUUUAUUUGUGUUUUUCAAAAAAGAUUUUUUUUUUUUUAUGAGUAAAUUGUUCAAAUUGUAAAAAUCUUUAGUCAUUGAGUGGAACUGGGUAGUAGGUGUGGUUGUCAUAAUAAAUAAAGAUAUAGACUAUCUCGAAAAA